AUGAGCAACGUCUAUUUAAACGGAAGCAUUCCUAGGGAGAUUGGCAACCUCACCUCCCUCACUCUCCUCAACCUCGCGAACUGCUCUCUGAGUGGCUACAUCCCCACCACCUUCAGUGCACUCACCUCCCUCUCUCUCCUCGAUGUGAGUCACAACAGCCUAUGGGGCACCACGCCGUCGUUUCUCAGCCUGCUGACGAAGCUCAGGCGCCUGGACCUGAGCGACAGCACCUUGCACGGAUCCAUCCCGGGCGGCCUUUGGGUGCUCCCCGAGCUGCGACACCUAGAUCUCUCGUCCAACCACAUCAACUCAACCGUCCCAGCCUCGUUGGGCGGACUCAAGUCGCUCACCGCCCUUGAUCUGAGCAACAACAGCUUGACUGGCAGCGUGCCAUGGAGCCUUGGCUUUCUCACGAGACUCGAGACGAUGAACUUAUCCAAGAACGGCUUGUCGUCCUCCAUCCCAUCGUCUCUCGGCCUCUUGACUCGCCUCGCAACCCUCAACCUAUCGAGCUGCUCUCUCAAUGGCACUGUUCCCAGCAUGCUGAGCUAUCUCACUCGCCUGCACACCCU